AUAACACUUUUCUUGUUGAGGUUUUUAUAAAUAUCCUGGUCUAAGUGCCAUCCCCCAGCAGUUUCUCCUUCAAAACAUCCAUAAAUCUGCCCCAGCGACAACCAUAAACACGCUGUCGCCAUACCUUCGCUGAUCUCACCCUUUUGUUACAUUCUCCAGAUUCGUUCUUUUUGCAUUGAUUAUACCCCUGUUAGACCAUGAGGUUUGUUUUAAUACUCUUCACUUUGGUUGUCAAAGUAAUGGCCGAUGUAUCGCUCACAUCUCCGGACACAAGCAAAACAUUCACCGCCUCAGGAAGCUCUGUUAAAGUCCCCAUAGCAUGGAAAGAUGAUGGAUCUGAUGAUGAGUGGUCCUUAUCCAAGGCCGACAAAUAUUCGAUCUUAUUGUGUACGGGUAGUGGAAGUUAUCCUAUCGAAUGUUUUGACUACUUGGUUAAAUAUAAAGACUACACCACGGGUAAUGACGAUUUUUCCGAGACUCUUAGUAUCGAUGUUGAUGCCUGUGAUGAUGGUUACUAUUUCUUCCAGGUGUACAUUGAAUUUUCCUCCUCCAAAUUUACCACGCACUACAGUAACCGAUUUGAAUUAAAGGACAUGACUGGGUCCACAAAGGAAUUGACGGUUCAAAACACAUUUGAUGAUGGCUCUCCUCCAGAUCAAACGGUUGGAGCUGAUACCUCAAUUAACUCCAAAUCUUUUUCCAUAACUUACACUUUACAAUCAGGUAAAACCAAGUAUGCCCCUAUGCAACUUCAACCCCAUACCACAUUGAGAGGCUCUACGUGGAGCAGAAUGUUCCCUACCAGUAGUGUAUCAUACUUCCCGAGCCUUCAUGGAUCUCCCAACUGUUUGACAACAGUAACACCUGGUUGGUCUUACACACCUAAAUCGCUUCAUAAUUGGGCAGCGGUAGCCCCAACCCCUUCCGUCAAGUACGAUCCACUGGAAAGAGUGACUCCUGCCAGCUUAAGCACGGCCUCCAAGCGUAAAAGAUGGUUGGACUAGAGAUAAAACUAAGUAUGUGUUGGCACUGAAUGUAUUUUUCUGAUAG